ACUCUAGUAGCAACCCCCGCAGUGUAGUCAACUGGUACAUUCAAGUAUCCUACUUCAUUUCACUCAUUAAAAGCGGCACCUGGGAAGCGGAGAAGGCAAUGAUGGAAUGGCAGCACAAUCAGCUAACCAAACUUAACCAGGAAAAUUUCCCCAGCUCCUUGUCACCUCUUCACACACGCAUCCUGGCACAGAUCCAUUAACGUGUGUUCGAGUAUCAAAAGGGGAGUGCAGGGAAAAGUGAGAACAGUUUAAACGCAGGCAAGAGAAAAGCUCUAAUGGCAGUUUGUAUCUGCAUCUUUAUCUGUGAUUUAGCGGCGGUAUUUGUACAGCGAGAGAGUUUACCCAGAGAAUGAUUAGCAGCAUGUCUAAUUACCUUUUUGAGAAGAGUAUUUAACUUUCUGUUUAUAGGUGAGAAAAGUUUUAUAUUCAAUGGAACGCUUUUCUAGUGAAAAUAUUACCAUUCAGAACGAACUACUGUAGGCCCGAAAUCGAUUCUCUGCUAAUGUUGUUUUCCACUUCAAACUGUGUCGAACUCAGUUUUGCCACACCAACCAGAACCUACAGGCAUUAGUCGGAUUCCAUACCCUUCAAGAGAAUGACGACUGUUGAGGUAGUUAGUCUUCCGCCAGAUUCACCUAUCUGUGCCUUAGGUUUUACCUGGGUCAUUUUGGUGAACGCCUGCCUUCCGGACAUAGCUCGUACCAGACAGAGAUGCAAGUAUGGUUACUACUAUCACUUUAAAUUAAGAAAAUGUAUGCGCCGUAAAUAUAACAAUCAACAGAAGCCGGGUUAUAUUGGGAAAUGGAUGACUGAAGCACCAAAACCGACUCGUCCAAAACCAACACGUAAGCCUAAGGAUCAUACUGAUGUUGGGAAAAUGUGGGGCUACAACCAAGGAUAUAACUCGCAACUAGCAAAUGUAUCGAGCAUUAACAAAGCAUAAGAAAUGGAUGCUAUACGGGCUAUGAAAAGUAUAAGCUAUAGAAGUUGUAGCUUUUCUGAUAAAUCAGUUAAUAUAAUAGAACCUAUUACUCCAUCCACCUGAAUUGCUUAUAAAAAUAAAAUUGAAUCUAUUCCUUUAUGGAAAUAUUAAGUUGAAAAGUUUCCUUUAAAUCUUAAAACAUUAACCUAACCCGACGAAACUGAAAACCAACAAACUGAAAACCUUUUCUUUAA